CCUUCUACUCUCAUCCAGCUGCGACGCCGGCGACAGCUGCAGUCCGCCGGCAUCUUCGUCGCUGCCACCAUGGAGGCUCCAGAAGGCGGCAGGGGCACCGGAAAAGGUACGCAGACGUCGUGCAGCGCCACUGACAAGCACGUACCCUGGUGGCGCCAGAGGGGUGCCCUGGUCCUCGCGGCCUGCCUCACCACCCUGGCGAUAGUCAUUCUUAUCGUCAUUAUCACGCUCACCACUGCCCAGGCGUCUGACGCCCCUGGCGAGCACAACCACACGGAAAAUUCAACGGGAGUGUCUGUCGAUGCAGAGUUUAUUCUGCCGGAUGGGCGACCAAUUAUACGCAGGUCGGAGUGGAGUUCCGUGCCGCCAGAUUAUCGGAGAACCCUGAGACACCCCACGCCGUAUGUGAUCAUCGGGCACACCGCGGAUAAGGUUUGUAGAGGCAAAGACGAGUGCUUCGUCCUGUUGCGCAUAUACCGCGAUGAACACCGUGCAAAGUGGUUACAGCCGGACAUCACGUACAACUUUCUCAUAGACGUGGAGGGCAAUGUCUACGAGGGUCGCGGCUGGGACACCACCAAUAACUACCUAUCCUGGGCAAAGCGUUGCAACCUUGGUGUGACUCUGAUGGGUGACUUUACGACGGACAACGUGACGACUACGAUGAUGCAAACGCUACAACAGUUGCUGGACCUGGGACUGAGUUUGGGCAAACUGGAUCCGAACUACCGGUUGGUGGCGCAAAACCAGGUGGACGCUUCGCUUAGCCCCGGAAAUAACGUACUACUAGUCAUCGAUACGUGGCCACACCGGUGUCUAUAUGAAUGCAACGUGGGUGUCCAGUGUAUCUACGAAGAGAACGACGAAAUUGACGCGUAAACUUUUAGCAGAUCUGAAGCGCAUCAUUCUUAAACGAUAUUGUUAACCCUUUAGUUUUUUAGGCACUAGGCCAUACGACGAACCAACGUUAAGCUGACCUCGCUACAAGAACCGUCAUAUGAGGGACCGAUGGAAGUUUGCCACACUGCGAGUGAAACAAAUAUUUUAGUAUAUUCCGUGAUUGUGAAGAGGUACUUAUUAAAUGUAACACAGCCUUUCAAAGUCUCAGUUUCUUCCAUCUUUUGAAAAUUCAUUUUAUGACAACCUAUUUUUCGGUCAUACUUAUAUUAAAGUAUCUUCUUGUGUUUAUACACUGUCGGUUAAUAGUAAAACGAAAUAGUGUGACCUUACAGGAACGAAAUUUAGUAACAUGUACACGCAUUUGCUAUUAAAAAUUAAUAUUAUAUUGCAUAUUAAAAGUAAUAAUAAGUACCAGUAAUCUGCAAGUUAAAACCUAACACUCAACAUAUAUAGGUAGUUCUUACAUAGCCAGUACCGGUCUAAAUUGCGGAUCCAAAAGAAGGAUGGGAAAUAUGUAAUUUAUUUCGUCGGGAAUAGUCUCGUGGCUGUAGUCUGUUACAUUCUCAUCCUACAAUGGAACUCGCUCGGGUGGACGAUUCCGAACCACAUGUGACGUCACACCGUACAUUUGUCGUCAUCGAUAAACGGUUAAAUAUAAAAUGACAUACGAAUGUAACGUCUCGGAGGUAGUGUUCGUAGUCGUGUAAAAUUUUGUAAAAGGCGCCAUGGUCACUUUUAACGGUGGAAUUUAUCGUCUGAACAACUCACUAUUGAAAUUUCUGCCGUGUGACCAUUGUCAAGUUGAAAUAAUUGUGCUUUAGCACAUGUCAAGACCUAAAAAUCAUCUGAUAUGCAUGCAUGUCGUCGUGACAUUCGUCUGUUGAAUCUUUAACUCCAAGGCUGCUCCUACAUUUGACUUUUAUAUCUAAAUGAUGUUAACAACGAUAAAAGUAUGUGUGAUUAAUGCUAUUUUCACGAUAUACCUAGUAGCUUUGCGCUCGUCUAAUAUAGAUUCAUUGUUACAAUUGAAUACAAAACAAAAGAAUAAGACGACAUGCACGUAUGUCGCACGAUUUUUAGUUAGUGACCUGGCGUAAAGCUCAAUUACUUCCAUUUAAUAACGGCCAUACGGCCGAUAUUUCAAUACCUGGUUCUUCAGAUAAAUAAUUUUACAGUCACAGGGUCCUUUGCAAAACACGGAUUUAAAUUCCGAUUAUGCAUGCUUCUAAUGGAUUGAAUCUCUAAUAUUUAAUCUAUGAUAUUAAUAUGAAACAGUGAAAUCAGUUCUCAUUAAAUAACAGGCACAAAAUAAUAUGACACCUUGAUCAAUUUCGCAACACAGGGCAUUUCCGUGAUGACGGAACAAACUUUCAGAAAAGGAGAAGAAAGGCAGGUGUACAAAACUGAGACAUUGGACCGGAACCGAACGAGCUGAAAAUGAAAAAAAUUUCACGUUUAUUGUUCCUCUGCUCUUUCUGAUGAAAAAAUCCACGUAGAAACAUUUCCACACUACAUUUGUGUCUAAAAUUUAUACAAAAUGCGAAAUUCACAAUUGUUCGAAGUGGUACCUCAUAACUUUUAUGCAGCCAUAACUUUUCCUUACACAUGUCUUUCGUUUCAGUUCAGCGUCUUCGUGUUGUAUUAUGUUGUAUAAAAAUGGGGACCUAGAAACGAUGGAGAGGCUUCGUCCUCGCCGUAGCCUCAGUGGUACACAACCCCACAACAGGCUACAGCAGUCCACUCACCCCUCCGCCGCCCCCACAUGGCACCCAGGGUUAUUGUGCGGUUCGUCCCCUCCCCCCACCCCCUCGCGAAUGUCUCACACCAGACGAGUGUAACCCCAAUGUUUGUGUGGUUGAGUAAUGACGGUGUACGCGUACGUGGAAAAAGUGUUUGUGCGGCAAUCGCCGACAUAGUGUAACUGAGGUGGAAUAAGGGGAACCAGGCUGCAUUCGCUGAGGAAGAUGGAAAACCGCCUAAAAACCAUCCAAAGACUGGCCGGCACACCGGACCUCGACACCAGUCCGCCGGGCGGAUUCGUGCUGGGGACCAGUGUGCUUUCCCACCCGGAAAGCAGUGCGUUAGGCCGCACGGCUAACCGGGCCGGUAUCUUCAUGUUACUCAAGCAUUACUACACUCAGUGAGCGUUCGUGUAAGGACAUGUCACACGUACAAGACUUUUCACAUGGAUCUUGAAUAAAAAGCGCUGCAGUUGUUGUUGUUAAUCCCAUACAAAACGCAUGAUCGGUUUUGUAAUUUAAAUUACAUUGUCAAGUGCAGAUCUGAAUAAAAAGAAGAAAGAGACUGUUAACAGUAUUACGUAAAGACCAUAUCCCAGUGAUAAAAUGUUUCUUCCAACGAGACGUUUCUGAUAUGGGAUCAUAUGAGAGCAUUAUGUCACAACUGUUAUAAUUAAUUACUGUGGGAGUUGAGAUGAAAAAAUAAGCGAUGAGAGAAAACAAUAUUUUGUAAUUGAGUGGUUAUGGUAUGCUGUCACCAAACCCCACAUCCUCUCACGUUAGCUACUUCCCUGAUUCUCGGGGUAGUCAUUUGCAUGCAGUCAAUGCGAGUAGUCGACCCUAGAGGAAUUCUCGGCCGAUGGCCCGUCACCCAUAACAAACUAACUCUUCACUUUAAACAUUACAAUCACCUCGAUAAGUUCCCGUACAUACUAAAAUAGCAUCCCGUUUAAAUUUAUUACAUUGAUUUUGUAUUACUAUAUGAGUUUUCCUUUUAGUAUUACAAAUUUUGUUCUUUCGAAGUUGUAGUUGUAGUGGCACUUAUUAGCCAUAUAAAAUUUUUGAAAUUUUGCCUGAUGUUCGUAAUGAAAUACUGCCCUUCCAGCAUGUGUGUGCACAUAUGUAGUUUUUAAAUUGUAUUACUGUUGUUUGUCAUAUUCACUAUGUGUAAUUUGUAUUACAAUUCCAAUGUAUUUUUCAUUUAAGAUCUGAUAUUUUUUUAUGUUAGUCUUAACUGAGCAACUAUCAAUUUUGUCGAAAUCAUGUCCAUUCCAUGCCAUAGUCGUGUAUUUUUUCUUAAUAUUGCUGUACAUUAAACAACGAAUGCUAAUUGAUUGCUCAAUUUCCCCUUUUUUGAAUUUUGUUCACAAAUUUGUAACAACUAACAUUAUGUUUCCAUUAAUCACUGGUAGGUGUUUGAGAAUGUUGAACUGUUUAUGAUUUCUUGUUCUGUGUUCGUUUAAUUGUAAUAAACAUUUUAAAAUGACAUAAAAAUAUGCCUGUUUGUAUUGUGUUGUUCUGUGAUAAUGUCUAUACAUGUCUGUAUAUAUAAGUUUUAUAUAAAAAAAGCGCUGGACACGUAUUCUCCAUUAUUUCCAGCAACAAUGUGUUGUAAGAGAUUUGUACUAUCAAUUUUUCCAGAUUUACCUGUCAGUUUUAUGUUUGAAGGUAAUUAGUCCAUUUUGUGUGUAGAGUUCUUAUUGUAGUCUUCACCUUCAUUGUGUUACAAUAUGCAGUUACCUUUAUUUCUUCUGCAGUUUUAUGUACAUCGAUGAGAAAAAAAACAGACUUUUCUAAAUUAUGAAGGAGCAGAUUUAUUUUUAAAAGGAUCAUGUUGCUAUCCUCAUCAGGCAAAUUUUCAGGGAAAUCAUUUGGAAGGAAGUCUUCGUGCUUUCCACAACAGUUUGAUGCUUUGCAUUCUGAAGUAUUGUAAUUAAUUAAAUGUAUAAUUC